CUAUAGAAUACAGAUCACAAAGAUGGCGGCCGACCUCCUCAAGAAGCCGUCUUCGACGUCGUCCCAGCACCAGAACAAAAAAGUGGAAUGCGCAGACUCUCUUUUUGACUACCUUUUUGCUGCAAUGAUCGAUACUUUGCGCACAGGUGGUGAUCAAGGCCCGCGAAAGGAAGAGCUGUUGGCAGAGACAGUGCGGGCUAUCGGAUUUGACGUGGGCUAUCGCUUGGCUGAGUCUAUUGCACAGGGGCGAGUACUCGCGGCGGAGUCAUUGGAGGUGAAUGUCAUGAAGUUCAUUUGCAAGGAAUUUUGGAUUGAAAUAUUCAAAAAGCAAAUCGAUAAGCUCCAGACAAACAACCAAGGGGUGUUUGUCCUGCGGGACGCCAAAUUUCGAUGGCUAGCUCCCUUCACAGCCAACGAUGAGUCAACUCGACGGGCAGCGGCCACUGUAUUGAAUUUUCCGUGUGGACUGAUAAAAGGCGCCUUGGAAAAUCUCGGAAUUAAUUCCACGGUGCAGGCAGAAGUGGCUCCUGCCGUGCCCUCAUGCUCCUUCACCAUUAAAAUUAGACGGAGCGGAAGUGGCAGCUCGAGCAGCGCUUCACUCUCCGCACGAUGAGUCCAGCACAAUUCAACCCUGUACAGAGCCAUCUCAAAAUCCACAGAAAAAAAAAAUAAGGCA